AAAGAGGCGCUGCUGCGAAGCUGUAAAGAGGUCCCCAGGGAAGCUUCCCCUUAAUCCCCACAUUGGAGUCACAACAGACAGUCGAAGAUGCGCUGGGCCCUUGACUAGGCUGCAUACAUAGAUACGGCUGCCUUGCUGUGCCAGGCGUGCAUUCACAGCUUCAUCUCGUCAACACGUGGAAAAGCCGAUGGCCGGCUCCCUCCGCUGCGGUAGAGGUGGAUGGCAGAGGCGGAUGCACUCUCUUCUCUCUUCCCCGCUGACCUCAUGGGCAAGACUGUCGUUGCACAGCGGUUCAAACACUCUAUCACUCAUCACCAGUCGUCGAUGGGAUAGCUGCUGAGUCACGGAGACCACCCAGACGGAUAGAGGCAUGAGAGUGUUGUGGAGCUAAGGGAGGAGCCGUGCUGUAUCACCACAAACUCACAGAUCGGGUGGGUGGCUGUGCGGGGAAACACACAAAUGCACCGACACAACACACGAGUGUUUCUCUGCCUGCCUGCCUGCCUGCCUGUGUGUGUGUGUGUGUGUGUGUGUGUGUGUGUGUGUAGACUACCAUCCGUUUCGUGAGGGCGUCAUGCCCUCAUGGGAAGACGCCGAAAACAGAGAGGGUACCUACCGCACACAGACAACACACACACACUCUCAUGGCCCCGUCAUUGCCCUUCAUCUGUGUGUGCAGGUGGCCGUUUGAUCGUCAAAGUGCCCAAGGACAUCACUGCGGCCAUCUGGGAGGACAUGGUCAGUCAGCGUUACAGUGAGACGGCCGGAUGGCUUCUGUGCAUGUGUGUGUGGGGGCGGCAUUUGUAGGUGUUGGCGUUGAUCGGUGAGCAGUUCCAGACGGAGGACCCCGACGAGAUCUGCGGGGCCGUCAUCUCUGUGCGCCGCGGGGUCAGCACAACAGCCAACCACCCGACACACAGACAUACACACCUGCCUGGUGUGGUGUCUGUUUCCCAUUGCUUCAGGAGGACUCGUUGUCUCUGUGGCACAAGAGCAGACGCCGGAAGUCCACGACCAACUCAUGUGUGUGAGAUACCCAAACACACACAUGGGAAGGCAUCUUGCUGUCUAUGUCUGUCUGUGUCAUCAGCGAGGCGUUGAAGCGCGUGCUUCGUCUGGGCGACAGCUUCGCCAUCGACUGGCGAGAGCACUCCAAGUACUGUAUGCACACCAAGCAUAGGCACACGGGGAGCCCUCACACAUUCACAUGUUUCUCCGCCCCUGCUCGCCUUCAGGUCUCUGGGUCUGGCCUCUGUCAAGGACAACCGCAGCCGCCCCACCCCCACGCCCCCCAAACACGGCGACAAUGAGCCCCCCAUCCCGCCAGGCGGCAUCGAGCUCCCGCCCAGAGACACACUCGACGACGACCGCCGAGCCCGCGACAUGAUGCGCGACAACAACAUCGGCGGACAGCGAUAUGGUGGCGGCGGGGGGCGGUUUCCACGCGGCGAGAGGGUGGGGGGCGGCUGGCGAGAGGGGGAGGGAGAGGGCAGACGCCCUCCCCCCGACCGCAAAGAGCCGCCCUUCAACCGUCCGAACCGCCUGGCCUCCUUCGACACCCACAAUGAGGCCGAGCCGACGCCGCCCAGCUCGGCCAAACACGCCCUCGGGGCACCGCCCCCGCCACGCCCUGUUGGUCUUGGUGGUGGGUGGGGCAGGGGCAAGGUGCUGCGGCCUGGCGGGAUUGGCCGUAGAGGGCCAGAGAGGGCGACAAGGGGGACCACAGAGACGAGGAGUGACCGAGUCAGUGAGUGAUUUGAAUGCUUCUUGGGUGGCUGUGUAAGGUAGCCGAGGGGAGGAGGGUUUCAAUUGAAUGGUUGCGGCGUCUGUUGUGUGGGCGGUUGCUGUGUUGGUGGCUGCUGCUGCAUUCCGGGAACAGCUGCGAUCGCCGUAUGCCUCCACGUGUGUGGCGAUUGAGGAUGGACUUAGAACGUCGAAGCGGCCGGCGACACAGACAACUCGAGAAGCGGGCUUAGUAGCCCGCCAGACAGACAGGCUUAGAGGACUUCUGGUGUGUUUAACUAACGGCCGCUGGCGUGGCAGGAGUGCGUCUGUGUACAUCGAUCGGGAUGUGGACUGACUGCAUAUGGCUGUCCAUGGCAUUGAUGAAUCGCAG